UUGACCAAGUGAAGCCUCUCUCUUUCUCACCACUACAAACCCUACCGAUAGAAGAAACCAAGACGACCGAUAAGGGAACCCUACCCGAUUCGAUCUCCGUGAAGCAGCGGCCAUGGCGGAUGGAUUCGAGGACAAAUUGGGCUACUUCCAGGCCAUUACCGGCAUCGAAGAUCCCGAUCUCUGCACCGAUAUCCUCUCCGCCCAUAAUUGGGAUCUUGAGCUCGCCAUCGCCUCUAUCACAUCCAAUGCCCCAUCCUCCUCAUCUGCCGCCGCCGCAGCAGCAAAUCCUUUCCCCGCCGCCGCUUCCUCCUCCGCCCCUACACCAGCCGUGGUCGCCGGCCCGGCUCCCGGCAUCGCCUGGCGGAUCGUCACCCUCCCUUUCUACGUCGUCUCCGGCGCCGUUGGCCUCGGUUUCUGGAUCGCGGGCGGAGUCCUCAAUCGCACCAUCGGCAUCCUCGGCUAUCUUGCCUCGCCACGCGGCGCGGAGGGCGACCGCCUGAUCCCCGUCUCGGCCUCCACGGCCGAGGCGGGGGACUUCGUCGCCGCCUUUGAGAGGGAUUACCCUGCCGACACCAGGCCUCGCUUCGCUGCCGAGGGGUUCAUGGACGCCCUACUGCGCGCACAGCGGGAAUUCAAGCUGAUGCUCGUGUACCUGCACUCUCCUGAACACCCGGAUGUGCCGGCCUUCUGCGAGGGAACCCUGUGCUCGCCCCCAGUGGUUGCUUUUCUAACUGAAAAUUUUGUGGUUUGGGGCGGGAGCAUUAGGAGAGAGGAAGGAUUUAAGAUGAGUAAUAGCCUCAAGGCUUCCCGCUUUCCAUUCUGUGCCAUAGUCAUGGCCACCGACAACCAAAGGAUUGCCCUCCUUCAUCAGAUUGAGGGCCCCAAGCCACCUGAAGAAAUGCUUACAUUGCUUCAACGUGUAUUUGAAGAAUGUGCCCCAUCAUUAAUUACUGCAAGGAUAGAAUCUGAAGAGCGGCGAAACAAUCAGCGUUUACGAGAAGAGCAAGAUGCUGCAUAUAGAGCAGCACUUGAAGCUGAUCAAGCAAGAGAGCGUCGACUGAAAGAAGAGGAAGAUAGGUUGAAGAGAGAGGCUGAAGAGGCUGAAAGGAAGCGCAAGGAAGAAGAAGAGGCCUUGGCAAGAGCAGCUCAUGAAGCUGCUGAAAAAGAAGCUGCUCUUACUAGAAGACGGCAAGAGAAAGCAAUGGCAUUGGGUGCUGAACCUGACAAAGGGCCUAACGUUACACGAGUGCUUGUUCGAUUCCCAACUGGAGAGCGCAAGGAGAGGAGGUUUCACUGUACCACAACAAUCAGCUCUCUAUACGACUAUGUUGAUUCCUUGGGAUGCUUGGAAGCAGAAAACUACACCCUAGUUUCAAACUUUCCCCGUGUGACCUAUGGCUCUGAAAAGCAUUCGUUGACGCUAAAGGAAGCCGGCUUGCACCCACAGGCGAGCCUUUUCGUCGAGAUUGACUCAUGAGAAAUGUUGUCGAGAUCUUGUUUCUAUCAACUCAAUCCUUGGAACUUUCACACUGCCUGUAGAUUCACUUUUUUUUUUUUUUGCUUGAAGCGGGAAAAAAACACUAGGAUAAAGAAUUUCAUGAACUUAGCCGAAUUGAAGGUCAAAUUCUCAUAGUAUGAUCCGACUUUGCUGUUAGAAAAAUAAGCUCUAGUGCAAGUUUAACUGCCCUGGCAAAGAUAUUUGUUGCACUUGAAAAAGUUUCUUUAUGCUUGUUUACCAAAUGGACAAAGCAUAAUUUGACCA